AUGUCUGCCUCUGCGCAUGAUCAACGAAAGACCUCGAAGGAGGAUUUGAAGACGACGAAGACGAAGCCAAACUCGACGAAAACGAGGUCGUUUACUCACUGGGAUAAAUUUUGGCACGACGCGGUGAAAGAGAACGAGCAGAAAAUGAGAGACGCGAACCGAGCGCAUUUUAAGAAAACCGGAGAUCAGAAAUUCCAGGAUUUUGACGAAGGUAUCGACAGCGAUCGAGCGUAUAUGGACGCGUGCCAUAAAUUAGACCGGGGAGUGCCAAGAUAUGCGGUGACUUUAUCGUGUUCCGGGUGCGGGUGCGAGAAAUCGAAAGAUGCGAUGAUGCGAUUGGAGUGCGCGCAGUGUUUGGAGAUGUACAAAGAACGCAAAAUGAAAGUUGUCGUUGACGCUUUUGAAAGAGCAUUCUUUUGUUCGGAGAAUUGCUACGUGGAACACUGGAAAGAACACAGAAUGCGACACGGGCCGGCGUAUUCGAGAGCGACGAAGGAAAACGGGGAAGUGCAUCGAUUCGAGGCGCACGACGAAGGGUGCGGAGCGUUGUGGGAUCACGGCACGUUGAAGAGGAAGUAUUUUCACGAAUGCGAGCCGAAUACGAAAUGGGGCGCAGACGUGAACAAUACGGAGGGAGGAGGACAAGAAGAAGAAAAAGAAGAAGAAGAAGAAGACAACGCCGUCGACAGCGAUAAGGAAAACGAAGAAACUUUUUGA